CAGGCCAUCGGCAACAAGAAAUUUUUCCUCGCGAAGGGUACUCUCGAAGUCAUACAGCAGCUGCCAUCCAACACCCGCAUUCCAGACGACCACUUCUUUGACGUUGCCAUAGCAGCCCACGACUUCAUUAUUCAGGCCAUCGGCAACAAGGAAUUACACCUCGCAGACUUGGCUCUUGAAGUCAUACAGAAGCUG